AUGUGCCUACUUCGUCACGUGCUUAUCUGCUCCGCUGUUUUCAACUUAUUAACGUUUCUAACUGGUUUAUUCCUUGGUAUCCUGCGUGAAGAUCUGUUAAUCGUUUCCUUAGUGCUAACAGUGGCUGGCUUGCUAGGAAUGCUGUUGUUCGCUAUUACAUGGUUUAUUCGACCAAAGGUGAUUCAUCGUCCGAUAUAUUUUGUUAAACAUUGGAAGGAAGAAAAACUUGGAAAAGAUGCCACAAUAAAUCCGGAUACAACGGAAGCGGUGAUGAAAAAUAUCCGAGGAAUUCCAUUCCUCAUCCAAGCAAUCCAAUAUUCUAUGGAAGCCACCUACUAUCGCGAUGUUCUUAGUGAAAUGGGCGAAGGAGUUGUUCGUACAUCGGUUAUUCACACUGCACCUGCCUGCACUAGUAUUCUAGACUCAGAAAGUGAGGAUGAGACGAAGGAGGUGAAGAUUACACCAAGGAAUGAUUCGCUGUUAAGGAAUUCAGCCGAGGAGCAAUGGCUGCCAUUUGGCGAGUCGUGGCGCAAUGAACAGCUUCGUCUAUCCCUUGAAAGAGGAAGCAGUAAUUUACUUGUAUUUCCAUACUGUGAAGCAUCUCCACAUGGAGAUCGUUGCCACGAAGCUGUAGAGCACGAUUUUUCGCGCAUUGAAAGCAUUAAGCGACCACAUGGAAGGAGGGGCAAAAAUCAAAAUCGACAGCAGUUCCAAGUACGUUGCAUCGGGAUGUCUGCUUCAUUUAUAGAGCGCUUCAACAAUUCAUUCCGAGCAACAUCUUUUGACAACUGA